CGGUCGUGACGUAGCUCCUGUCGGGGGUCUUUAAUCCUCUGCCGCAGCAGCGCAGCCGCUUACCGGAGGAGGGGGGAGCACGGUCGCACCGGAAUGGGCCGCACGAGCUAACCUAGCGGACAAGGCCGGAACCGAUCGGUCUCCAGGUAGAAAGUACCCCCACCGAGGAGAAGACACGGCAGCGAGGACUAGGCCAGGACCCCCCAGUGACGCUCCAGCCGGCCCACCUCCAGCUGAAAAGACCUCACGUGGUUAAAUCUACACCUACACGCAUAUUUGCAUGAUUUAGACGUCGCAGUUAGCCCCGCGCCUCGUCCUGUCGGCGUCGUGAGAGCUGUUCGUUCCGCGGGUCGCCCUCCAGAAGCGUCGCCGCGUCGCCGCUCUCCUGUCAGCUGCUGCGCAUCAGCGCAACAUGCAGGAUGAGCCUGUGGGGGUGACAGCCACGCAGCUACCCCCGUCAGCCGAGGGAGAGGACCGCAGCAGCAGCUCGCAACCCAACCAGCCCGACGGCCAGCUGAGCUCCUUCACGCCGGAUCACAGCCUCCUAACCCAGAGGAUCGCUUUCACCGACUUCGCUUGCGAGCGCUUUUGCCCGACGCAGUCCAUCUGUGACCUUCAGCACAGCCGAAACACCCGUCAGCAGUCAGGUCAGCACAGCGAGUUCAUCCCGGCAGAGUCACCCCCACCCCAGGGGCGUUUCAGUCACCUGCAGCCCUUCCUCCAACCGGAGCCCGUCCCUGCUGCUGGACCUCUGGAGGCGGCUGAAGCCGAUGCUGCGUCGCCAUCGCCCUCUCCCGCGAACCUAAACGAGAUCCAAAUGGACUCCCCCAUCGCACACCAUUUAAAUAACGGCAAUGGCAGCAGCAGCAGCACCGGCGGAAACAUGCUGUCCGGAGGUCUCGGAGCCGCUUUCCCGAACCUCCCCGCCCAGGAGAUCCAGAGCGCCAGUGGGGGCUCGUCCUCACCUUCCCUCCCUGGGUUCGGCCCCCCUUGGUCCGUCCAGACUAACUCCUCGCCCCCACCUGCAGCCAACUCCAUCAGUACCAUCCACCCGAACGCCCUUAACCAGAUGCCCAGUGCCGACUCUGAGAACAGCUUCUACCCAGGUAUCCCUUCCUCCAUCAACCCGGCCUUCUUCCAGAGUUUCUCGCCCUUGUCGGCUAAUCCGUGCGCCGGGAUUAACGUGCAGGGCUUCAGCGGUCCUUUCUCACCCCAGAUAAAUGUUCCUCAGCAGCCACAGAGUCGCAGGUCUCCGGUCAGUCCCCAAAUGCACCCCCAGCAGGGCGCCUUCCUGCAGCAGAGGAACAAUUACAACCAACACCAGCCUAUGGUGAAGCCGUCCCCAUGGGGCAGUCACCAGGGAAACGGCUGGGGCUCCGGUGGGAUGUCCUGGGGUCGGGACCACCGUGGUCGGAGUGGCAUCGGUGUACCUGGCUCAAUCAGUCACGUCUCGCCCCUGAAGAAGCCCUUCUCCAGUAAUGUCAUCGCUCCUCCCAAGUUCCCACGCUCUGGAGGGUCCCUGGGGGCCAAGUCCUGGAUGGAGGAGAACAUGUUUCGCACGGACAGCAACAGCAACACUGUGCUGCCCCUGCAGGACCGCUCCAGAAUUUACGACAGUCUGAACAUGCACUUGUUGGAGAGUUCUCUGAAUGACAUCAUGCGAGUGGAGCAGGAUCCGAUGAAAGGCCGUGCGGGAUGCCCGAACCCCGGGGCUGACUGCCUUCUCAUGCUCAAUGCACGAAGCUAUGGAAGACGUCGAGGCCGCUCCUCUCUCUUCCCCAUUGAUGACAAUCUCCUUGAUGAUGGCCGUGGCAACCAGGGUGUCCCAGGAGUCCUGGGGUCUCAGAACUGUUUCCCACACCAGAACGGUGAGCGUAUUGAGCGCUUCUCCCGUAAGGUGUUCGUCGGUGGCCUGCCUCCUGACAUAGAUGAAGAUGAAAUAACCUCAAGCUUCCGGCGCUUCGGCCACCUGGUGGUAGACUGGCCUCACAAAGCCGAGAGCAAAUCCUACUUUCCACCUAAAGGAUACGCCUUCCUGCUGUUCCAGGAGGAGACUUCGGUGCAGGCUCUGAUUGAGGCCUGCAUGGAGGAAGAUGGGAAGCUCUACCUGUGUGUUUCCAGUCCCACCAUCAAGGACAAACCAGUGCAAAUUAGACCCUGGAACCUGAGCGACAGUGAUUUUGUGAUGGACGGAUCUCAGCCCCUUGAUCCCCGGAAGACCAUCUUUGUGGGCGGUGUCCCUCGUCCCCUGAGAGCAAUUGAGCUCGCCAUGAUUAUGGAUCGGCUCUAUGGUGGAGUGUGCUACGCAGGAAUUGACACCGAUCCGGAGCUCAAGUAUCCAAAGGGGGCGGGGCGUGUGGCCUUCUCUAAUCAGCAGAGUUACAUCGCUGCCAUCAGUGCGAGAUUUGUCCAGCUGCAGCACGGAGACAUUGAUAAGAGGGUGGAGGUGAAGCCAUACGUCCUUGAUGAUCAGCUGUGUGAUGAGUGCCAGGGUGCUCGCUGCGGAGGGAAAUUUGCUCCCUUUUUCUGUGCUAACGUCACCUGUCUUCAGUACUACUGCGAAUUCUGCUGGGCCAACAUCCACUCCCGCGCGGGACGAGAGUUUCACAAGCCCCUGGUGAAGGAGGGCGCCGACCGCCCCCGCCAGAUUCACUUCCGCUGGAACUAACGGUCCACCACAAGGCAGUCAGAGGAAAGGGAAUUAAAACACUGGCUAACAGGAACAGGAGCGUCACUCUGCCUCUCCUGCUCAUCUAAGCUAUCAAUAUAAUCAAGUGCGUAACACUUUACUAUACACACACACACACAUAUAUAUAUAUA